UGAGUCUCGUACUUCCGGAAGUUGCGAAUUGUUUUGUUGCGUGUAGAGUUGCGCUUGCUUGUUGACAGUAAAGCUGGGCUCUCGUGAUAUUAAUCUUUUUAAAUAUACCUUUGCCAGUUAAAUUUUCUAAUAAUUAUUUAAAGCACAGACGACGUGGCUAAUUUCUUGUACGUUUCAUAUGCUAAAAGGACAGAGUACCGCAUGGAGUUAGCUAAUAGCUAACGUUAACUGUCCACGUUACUAACACUAAAGAAGAGGACUCCAGAAGCACCUUGCAGAUUUAACCGCGUUUUAAAACAUGUUUAACCAGGGUACUGUUACAAAUUUGACUGUGUUUGAAGUCUAAUUGGUUUUAAACUGGCAUCGAAUUAUUUGUGAAACUAUUACAGAAUGUCAAAACUGGAACGUCUGAAUGCCCGUGUGGCCAAACUGCUUAAUGAGGCUGUGCAGGAGGUCCUGGAGGUGGUGAAGGAAACCGUGUCAGAGUACCAGCAAAAAACUGUCAGGACACAAAGAGAAAACGAGAGUCUCAAGAGAAGAUUACAGGAACUUCAGGAUAGGAUACCCAAAGAAAGCACAGUUGGUUUGCCUACAAGUGAGCCUUUGGCUGAAGAAAGAGAUGAUACACCGCAUUAUAAGCAGGAUUCAAGCCUAAAUCAGAGCCAUAAACCUGCUGUUACUCUUACUGAAGAAAAACUGACAAAUAACCACGAAGAUCAACAUGGGAUAAAGCAGGAAUCCAAAGAGGAGGACGGCGAUAUUCAGUCACAACCUGAACAAUGCAGAGAACAGCCAGAAGUGGAGAGCAACAUAAAUAAGGAUGUUGUGACUUCCCACACCUCGCCCAAAGCUAACAUGGGUACCACUACUGUCGCGUUUAACAGUGCAUGCAACUCUUCCUCAGGAUCCAUGCCUGGCUUACACCUGGCUUCCAUUAAAAGAGAAACGGAGAAAACCGAGUGCACAUCCUCAGAGCAACCUUCUACUCGAGCGCAAUAUGCUGGUUGUGUGGAUUUAAGCAGCAACUCGUCACGUCACACCUCUGCUGAGACCCACAGGUCGCAAGUCACAGAACCUUAUGGACUUCUCGUUGUCAAUUCAAAUCACACCACCCAUAGAAGACAGGGUUGUACAAAAACAAACAGGGUUGCAUUUGAUGGAAGACAAAUAAGGAUGGAGCACCUCAGGGGGAAAGAUGUACACUUGUGUGUUGUGUGUGGAAAAACAUUCAGCAGGGUUGGGAACUUAAGAAUUCACCAGCGCUGUCACACAGGAGAAAAGCCGUAUGGCUGCGUACAGUGUGGAAGGCGUUUCAGUCAGGCUGGAGACCUGAAGAAACACAAGAGAGUCCACACGGGGGAGAAACCGUAUUAUUGCAGCCAGUGUGGAAAGAGCUUCAGUCGAGGGGAGAAUCUCAAACGACAUCAGAGGAUCCACAUUGGAGAGACUCUGCAGUUACAGCAAGCAUGGGGGGAGCAGCGGUAGUGCUUCCUGGAUCUAAUGGAUUGGAAAACAGUCAAAUCAGCAUAAAGAUGUUUUUUGAUGUAGUGCUGACAUUGCUUCACCCCCCCCCCCAAAAAAAAUGCAUAGCAACAGGGUAAAAGUGCACUCAGAAGAAUAAAAAUAUCAUUUUAAUGAGCGCUCCAGGACAUGGUAUAACUGAAGAAAUGGAAGAAAACUGGCCUAUUAAUCUCAGAAAUUCACUUAAGAAGACCAGACCUUCUUGAAUUAAGUGUAAGGCUGAAGUUAAAAGUAUAGGUUGGAUCCUGUGGUUUUCAAUCAGAAGUGGUACACAAAUGAGAACUUAAAAAAAAAAAGGGCUGUGUUUUGCUCGAGAAGCAACUUUCAGAAGACCAAGAUUUAUUAUUUAUUUAGAAAAUGAGUAAUCUUGGAUUGAUCUCUUUGUUACACACAGAUUGUGUUCCCAUGUUAAUUAUAUACAUGUCAAACAUAAUGAACUUAAAAAUCUGAUCUGCAUGAUUGGUUGCAGACUGAUUAACUGCUUGCAAAUUGUUGGAUUUAUUUAUUUCACAUUUUAAAAAAAAGUUUGCACACCAGAAGCAAUAAAUAACCUCAUUACAACCUCCAGAGGCUCAGCCAAUGACUUUCCAAGCAUAUCCCUCAAAUGUUUGAGUACACGUUUUGGCAUAUGACUUAAUCUGUUGUAUCACCUUACAACCUAUAAAUAGGUUUAAUAUUUACUCCAUGGUUUAUUUUGGGUGAGUAAUAUUAUAUGGGUUGCAUGUAUGAGGAGUUGGCACAGACACUCCUUUACACACUAGAUUUUAUGAUUUUACACAAAUAAACCAAAAACUGUAAACUAUUGGUAUUAGACAUGGGUUCACAUGGUUGCAUUUAAGAAACAGAUCCUGUACAAGUUAUAUACUGUAUCAUGUGCUGUUAGAUCUUUCUACAAUAAUGGCUGUCGCAUGCACAGAUGCUGGAAAAGUUUGUUUAAAAACCUGAAAUCCACAUGUACUGUAUAUUUACAUGUUGACAAAAUUAACUUUAGUUUUGAGAAUCUGAUGUAGCAUAAACAAAAUCCCCAGAGUUAACUUAAUAUCUUUCAAAUGGAAACACAGCACUCAAAACCAUGUCUUCUCCUCAAAACUGAUUCUGUCAAAACAACACACACGGCUGUUUUCUGUUCAUAUCUGAUCGAAUAAAUAAUAAAUUAAAAACAACCA